CGGGAGGCAGGUGCUCGAAGUUCGGGGGGAGGCGUGGGGGGGGGGGGGCUUAACUUGGCCUCCUGCCUGGUUGUAGGUGCUGGAGGCUCAGAGGGGCAGGGCCUCCCCUCUCCACCCUCCCCCCCGCCCCAAUUCCAGUCAGUGCCAGUGGGAGCUGCAGCCCGUAGACCCCUGCUAGGCCUGUCACCCCUUCCCUGGGGGCGGAGUCCCCACUGGCUCUGGGCCUGCUGCUGGGGGGCAAUGGGGCUCCCAGCUGGAUUCCCCAGCCCCACCUGCCCCCCUUUUGUGGCGGGACGGGGUCCUCAGGCCUCCCCGCUUGGCAGGAGGGGCAGGUCCCCUGUGCUUAGUGUCAGCCCUUUGAUUUCAUCCCAGCUGGUCCCUGCUCGGCCCCUCGCCUGGUGGGACACCCCCUUCGAAGAGCUGCUGGCCCCUGGCUACAGGAAGCAGGGGAUUAAAUCGACCCUGGGGCUGCUCAGUCCGGCGGGGCCUGGCCCCCUCUCUGCCCUCCUGUAUGUGGCCCAGUCGCUGUGGCUGCCACAGGGGUCCAGCGGGGGACCCAAAGCCGGGACCCCCACACCGGUGCUGCGGCCCCCCCAAGGGGGUGAUUCCAGCUCCCGCCGUUGCGCCCGUGCCAGUCACAUGAAAUCCCUUAGCGUGAAGGCUCAAGCGGUGAGGCCGGCCCUCAGCUCGCUGGGGCGUUGCUGUUAGCUGUGACGUUCCGCCCCAGCCCUGGCUGCAUCUCUCGGCGAAGGGGCUGGAAACUGCUAGAACCAAGGAUGCUGCUGCUGGCCCUUUGUCUGCGUGGGAGGGAGCAGCUGCCAGGGCCCAGCCGGCCGCAGGAAUCUGAGGUGUCAAGGAAGAGACAGUGGGAGGCGCCGGCCUGGCCUGUCCGGGCACCUGGCUUCCUUUGUUCUGUGGCAGCUGGGCCGACAGGUUCUGAUCCCUGAUCUGGAAUCCCAGCUCCCCAGUCUCCCUCCUGCCACCCCUCGGGAUGGCGUCCCAGCAGCUGCGGGCCCAGACGCUGCCCCUCUCCCCCGGGGCCCAGGAGCGCAGCUGGCAGCAGCAGUUCGAAGGGGCCUGGGAACUGGGCCGCAGGGGGGUCCCCCCGCCCAGGGACCCCGACUGGAAAGCCCUGUGCCAGCGCAAGCCCUUCGAGAGGAACCUGCUGCGGAGCCCCAACCCCGAAGGUGUGAACAUUUCGGAGCCAGCUCCCCGCCAGCCACCCAACAGCCCCCGGGGGCCGCUGGAGUCCUUGGGUGAUUUCAGUGGCUGGGCCAUUAGCACCGAGGAGCUCCCUCCCCUGGCGGGCGGCACGAAGCCCGGCUCUGCGGCUCCGCGCUUCAGCUGGUGCAUCAAACAGCAGCGGGUCGACCUGCUGGCCGAGGGGCUGUGGGAAGAGCUCCUGGACUCCUACCAGCCGAACAUCACCGUCAUGGACUGGUACGAAGACAGCCGGCUGGCUGAGACCGUGUACCAGCUGCACGUCCGGCUGCUGGCUGCCGACGGGCAGACGGCCCUGCAGGAAUUCCACCACCAGGGCCCCGAGCACGGGGCGUCCCAGGAGAAGAAGAACUGGUGCCAUGUUUCCCACGUUUUCCACGGCUACGGCCCGGGAGUGCGCUACGUCCAUUUCCAGCACCGGACCUUGGACGCCGAGACGCCGGGCGGGCUCCGCCGCACCAGAGCGACGGACAGCAGCGUCUCUGUGCAGCUGCGGGACUGACGGACGGGCCGGCAGCCGGGGGGCGGGGGAGGGCGCGGUUCCGUUUCUGUUCCCCCAGGGGCUGAUGACAGUUCCCGGGCAAAAGCCGGUGCUGGAUUCACUGGGAGCGGAGAGCCCUGCCCCCUCUCUGUGCCCUGGGGGCAAAGCUGGGGCUGGGUGAGGCCUGUCAGGUCAGUCUUGCCGCAGGGGUCUGGGAGCCAGGACUCCUGGGUUCUGUGCCCAGCUCUGGGAGGGGAGUGGGGUCUAGUGGGUUAGU